AUGUCUAAUAGACCUGUAGCAUUUAAAAACCCUUUCUCUAGGCCAUGGAUGUCGGAAACUGGCGCAGCGGCUGCGGCUGGCGAAAAAUCGAAGGGUUUGAAAGGUGUUGUGGCCGGCGGUAUAACUGGUGGCAUUGAAAUUUGUAUAACAUUCCCGACGGAAUAUGUAAAAACACAGCUGCAAUUAGACGAAAAAGGAGGUUCUAAGAAGUACACAGGCAUCGGUGACUGCAUCAAGAAGACUGUUAAAUCUCAUGGAGUAUUCGGCCUAUACAGAGGACUCAGUGUCCUUAUCUAUGGAUCCAUACCGAAGUCUGCUGUCAGAUUCGGUGUAUUCGAACAAGCGAGAUUGUAUAUGUUGACGGAAGAUGGUACGUUGUCGACAACUGGCAAAUUGACUUGCGGUCUGGCCGCCGGAGUGUCCGAAGCCAUCUUCGCAGUCACACCUAUGGAGACGGUGAAAGUCAAGUUCAUCAACGACUUGAGGUUGGAGAAGCCAAGAUUCAGAGGAUUCUUCCACGGAGUCCGGACUAUUGUUAGAGAAGAUGGUAUUGGAGGUCUAUACAAAGGUGUGACAGCUACAGUAAUGAAGCAGGGAAGUAAUCAAGCCAUCAGGUUCUUCGUGAUGGAGUCCUUGAGGGACUGGUACAAGGGCGGAGACAGAGACAAGCCUGUACCUAAGUACAUCGUCGCGCUGUUCGGUGGUAUAGCAGGAGCGGCGUCAGUAUUCGGUAACACGCCAAUAGAUGUUGUCAAAACUCGAAUGCAAGGUCUAGAAGCAGCCAAGUACAAGAACACGUGGGAUUGCUUCAUCAAGACUUGGAAGGCUGAAGGCCCAUUCGCGUUCUACAAGGGCACAGUACCGAGGUUAAGUCGUGUAGUAUUUGAUGUAGCAAUUACUUUCACAAUUUACGAUUCCAUUAUGGAUCUUUUUAACUACGUUUGGAAGUAG